AUGUAUCCAGAAGACCAGGAGAUCAGGAGGGCUGAUCUGGUUCGACAAUGGGUAGCUGAAGGCAUUGUUAGUACUUCUCAUGGAUCAGAUUUGGAGAAUGUUGCAAAGAGUUAUUUCAAUGAACUUAUCAAUAGAAGUCUGAUUCAGCCUGGAGAAACCAUAUGCUAUGAGGAGGUGGUGUCUUGCAGAGUACACGACAUGAUGCUUGAUUUGAUUCUGAGCAAGUGUGUGGAAGAGAAUUUUAUCAGUGUGGCAUAUAAUUGUGAAGACGUGGCAAGAAUGCAUGGUUGUGAGUACAAGGUUCGUCGAUUGUCCUUGACAUCAAGCGCCAGUAGUGCAACAUCUGGUAUCGUCGAUACUAGACUGUCACAAGUGCGCUCAUUUCCACAGUUUGGAGAUCCCAAGUACCCAAUCCCUCUUUUGCUAUUUAAGUACCUUCGGGUGCUACUGCUUCAGUUCUCAAGUCAAGAAACACCAUACGAUAAGGUUAUGAAAGUGGAUCUCACUCCUAUUGGUAGAUUAUUUCAAUUAAGGUAUCUGAAGGUAACAGCGUUGGGUUGCCGCAUAGAUCUCCCAACUGAAAUUCGAGAGCUUGUUUAUUUGGAGACGCUCGCAAUACAUGGUCCCUCACGACUAGCCAUUCCGUCAGAUAUAGUUUCCUUGCCACGCUUAUCAUGCAUGAUUCUUCCAGGCGGCACAGGACUGCCCCACGGGAUCGAGAACAUGAAAUCAUUGUGCAUUGUGCAUUGCCUUAAUCUAGGGUGGAGCUCGCUAAACGAUAUUAAGGGUCUUGGUGAGCUGGCCAAUCUAAAGGAGUUGAGGCUCUCCAGGAGUCAUAGUUAUAAGUGGGGUGACAAUGUGGUGGCACAGGUUGAUGCUUUGGUCUCCUCAAUUAGAAAGCUUCAUGAGCUCAGAUUCCUCACCUGCGAUUUCAUGACUCCUAAAUACGAUGACGAUCAACUGUACUCAUUAUCCAACCCUCCUCUCUAUAUGGAGCAGCUUCAUCUACCAAAAUGGCUGCUGAAGGGAGUUCCUAAAUGGAUUGGUAACCUGUGUUGCCUCCGUGGCCUCUCCCUACGUGUUGAGCACUUGUCGACUGAUGAGGUUCAUGCUGUUGGAAAGCUGCCCUCCCUCGUUUGGCUCAGUCUCAAUGUGUUGUGUAUUCCUAAGAACAUCUCCAGCAGCAGCGCUAUAUCUGCGCGCUGUAAAACGCUGAACCAGCGCGCCGUAUCCGCAUGCAGCGCGCGGAGCCCGCGAGCACUUCGCCGGAAGCUCCAAAACGGCGCUGGACAAUGCAGCGCGCAUGCAGCACUUCAGCAGGCGCUGCAUAGUACCGCGCGCUCGACCAGCGCAAACAACAAUCCAACAUAUGCAUACAUUCUACUAGAUCAAACAAACAUGAAAUAA